AUGUCCGCUUCAGAAUGCCGCUCAUCGCCCCAGAUCUCUCGGGCUGGCUGCUUCUCAUCUGAGCAUCCUCCCAAAUGCCAACUCCUCCACGUAUCAGUGUAUGAAGCCUUCAUCUCCUUCUUCUUCUCCUCCCCGCCCCCUCAUUGUCUGAAUCCCUCAGCAGAAUGUCAGCUCCCUGAGAAGGCGGCCCUGUCUGCUUUGUUCGCUCCACCUAGCAUGGAGCUCGUAUGCAGUAAGCGCUCGGCCAGUGUUUGCCGGCUGAGUGGCCGAACGUGCCUGGAGGUCGGUUCGCCCAAGACUCGGGGCCGAGAGGAAGCGCUAGAGCCCAGAGUUCUCCCUGGAGUUCGCCCCGCGCCGCCUGCAGGACGCAUCUGCCUGGCCCGGCGACCGCUGCUCCCGCCCACCGCCCUGGAGCCGCUGAAGGACGUCCACCUGGGCCUGGCCCCGCCCGGCCGCGGCCGCGCUCGCCUGGCCCUCCUCUCGGGCCAUUACAUUUACUACCAUUACGGCUGCGACGGCGUGGACGACCGGGGCCGGGGCUGCGGCUACCGCACUCUGCAAACGCUGUGCUCGUGGCCAGAGGGCCGGCCAGCGGGCGUACCCGAACCGGCUGCAGUGCAGGCGGCCCUGGAGGACAUGGGCAACAAGCCCCCCGGGCUCCGGGGCUCUCGGGGAUGGAUCGGCUGUGUAGAGGCCAGCCUCUGCCUUGACCACUUCGGGGGUCCCCAAGGGCGCCCAUGUCACGUGCCCCAUGGAGCAGCGCUUCAGGGGGAACUGGAGAGGCUCUAUUCCCACUUGGCAGGGGCCGGGGGGCCUGUAAUGGUUGGAGGGGAUGCGGAUGCCCAGUCAGAGGCGUUGCUUGGCCCAGGCACGGAAGCCUACGUCCGGGUAUUGGACCCUCACUGCUGGGGUGAUCCGAAAAACCCCCGUGAACUACAGGCUGCUGGGUGGGUGGGCUGGCGAGAGGUAAGCUCAGCCUUUGACUCCAACUCCUUCUACAACCUGUGCUUGACCAGCUGUGACUUGGAAAGGCAGCUGCCCACCCUGGACUGA